GUCCAAUUUUUUUGUCGAGGGCUGCACGCCGCACAUAGCACAAGGGAAUCUUGAUCGCGGAAGCCUCGACGAACGCGAAGAAGAAAGGACUGCGUCGGCUCCCGACGAAGUCGUUGAGAAGGGCAGCCUGCCACAAAAAAGUGACAAGGGCAGCCUGCCAUUGCCAGCAGCCUAUAGCUGAAGCCAUGCGCACGCCGCCGAAGAACGGCCGGGCGCCCGCUUCAACGCCCAAGCCCCAAUCAAAGAAGAAGCUCCUCGAGGGGUUGGAUCAGGCGACGCUGUGCCGGGCGGCGGCCGUUUCAUUAGCGUUAGUCGCGCACCUGCCUUCUUUGUUAGAUGGAGAUCUACGAGACGUGCUGGACCCGGACUACGACUCCGAGGAGAGUUUGAUUGAAGCAUUGAGGACCUGCGCUUUUGGUGUGGACGGUGGUGGUUGCAGAAGACCGGCGAGCUGUGUCCUUUCACUGUUGUUAAAGGGCUCGUCCACCAUCACAAAACGUCUGAUCAAUGUGCUGCUCCACGGCCGCGUCGCCUGGCGCGCCUUUGACGUGGCGCUUGCUAUUACGCAAGACCACGCGGCUUCUUUAGCUGGUGUUGGCCUGACGAUCUGCGCGCACCCUUUACAUGCCGAGGCCGUGAGCUGGACGGGGGCUAGAUCGUUGUUACUAGCGACGGUCUUCGUGCUCGAGGCCGUCAAGAGGCAUAUCGACGGGGAUUCUGUUGGAGGCGCGUUGUUCACACUCGUCGCGUGCGCCGCGCACGCCGCAGCGGCGGCCUCACCAUUUCUAAUGAUGGCAAUUCACAGUAAUGACCUCGCCCCCUCAAUGCUGGCGGCCUGUCUGGGCGCGUGGCUGUUUCUGGGCAUCGACGGGUCGCGCGUCUACGACGCGCAGGCCCGAGCGCCGCUACCCGUAUCCUUGCCGCCCCGCGAGUGGUACGCUUCGGUCCGGGACGGCCUCGCGUCCCUAGCAUGGUACGCAUCUUCCUUCGUGAUCCCGCCCGAAAAUCCCAUUGCUUUACGCCCCGCGCUCUUCGACCGCGCGCAGCUGGCGCAUCCGUCAUUAGCUUUGGAAAGGACGGUGUAUGCCCUGGCCUUUUCCUGUUUGGUUACUCUUUUUGUGCUCUUGCGGAAGCAUCAUACCAUAAAAAUUGCCCUGCGCUUCAUGAUGGCGUUCUCGCUGUCCAUCGCCGUAUGUUCAACGGCCUGCGCGUCUUCAGUGGUUUCCGAUAGAGUCGCCUACCUGCCAUCCAUCGUGGCGGCCUGCCUCCUGUCGAUCGGCGUCGCUUUUUGCAGAGGCCGCGGGCCCGCGAUUGCACCCCACCAGGAGCUCGACGAGGAUUAUUCGUCGUCCUCGAGCGACGACCACGCGACACCGUCCAAGAAGCGCAAGAACGGUAUCCAUCAAAAACCGAGCGGCCUCGCGAAAUUGGCUGGAGACUGCUGCGUCGCGCUGUCGGUCUGCUGCGCGGGCCUCCAAGCGCUACGGAACCAUGUGCGUGCCCAACCUUAUUCAAAUGAGCUCGCGUUAUUACGCGCGGCGACUAGAUCAUCGCCCGACGACGCCGUGAGUUGGGCCCAGUUGGGCGACGCGCUCCGGACGGCUCCAACGGAUGAGCCCUGGUUCCGCGAGACGGACGCGACGAAGGCCUAUGAGGCCGCCGUCGACGCCGGUUUGGAACCGGAGCCCUGCGGGCUGUUGGCGCUGCGGCCGCGGCCCGUACCUUCUAGUAUAGCGGGCUGCUACGAGCAGCGCGCGGACGUUUUUGGGCGGGGGUCUCAUGAUGGUGUUUUACAACUCUUUGAAGCCGCCAAAUGGCAUACGAGAGGAGGCGACUUCAAGAAGGCGACGCGGAAUUUGCUGAGAGUUAAAAAAGCACUACCUCGGGAUCCCGAGCUUUGGGUCCAGUUCGGCCUCGCGCGGAGGGGAGCGGGGAAACUGGCGCCUGCUGUGGAAGCGUAUGAACGGGCUGUUGAAUUAGAUCCGGCAUGCGUCGAGGCCUACCAAAACUGGGGCAAUUUGGAGCUCGGCCGGGAGAACCGGCCGCGGGCGCUCGAACUAUUUAGACGGGAAUUGGAACUGGACCCGUCUCACAGAAGUCGGUUUGAGAACUACGCGAGCGACCCGGACAUCCAGGCGCUGCUCAAGGGCGAGCCCUUCACGGAGCGGCCCGUUCCGCCGCCGGUACAACCUCCGGCGGACCCGCCCGAGGAGGUCUGGGGCGAAAGUUAGUAAGUGAGUUUUUGAAUUAA